AUGGAGCUGCAGCCGCUAUCAUCCUCACACGAAGCUUAUCAUGACGCUUUCCAAACGUACAGAGCCAAAUCUACUUUAAGAGAAGUAGUUAUAAGUUACUCUCGCCAAGCAGCUGCUCACGUCAUACCUAAGCUGAUCACACAUGAUGCUCCGGUGUUUCGAAUUCUUGGAGUUGGAAGCGGAGAUGGAAAGGCCGACUUGGAAAUUCUCAAAGCUGUUGCAAGAGGCCUCCGUUCAUUGAAAGAUAGAAAUUGUAAACCCCAGAUAGCUGCUUGUAUAGUUGAACCCAGUUCUCUUUUGAUCGCAGAUUUCAAGCGAUCGGCAUCGACAUUGCCCGAGGAGUUAGCGAAUCUGGCUGAUGUUUCAUUCAACUGGCAGGAAACCACUUUUGAUGGUUAUAUAUCUGAGUCUUCUUGGACAAGCGAACUGAUCAACUUGGCACAUUUUGUAUGUUCUUUGUAUUACAUGGAUGCUGAAGAAUCCCUUAAGAGCUGCUUCAAACUUUUAACCCCAGGAGGGGCAAUGUUUUGCUUGGUGAUCAAAGAAAAUUCGUUUUUCGAUAUAUUAGUGAGGCAAGGCAACUUGAAACGUCUGCCAAUUCCUGGUUUCUACACCGGGCAAGAUGUUGUUGUAAUUGCUGAGCGGAACAACUGGAAGCACGAAGAACUGCCGAUGACUCAUUACGAAGUUGACAUCACAGACUGUUUCAACGAAUCUUCACAGACUGGAAGCUUGCUUUUGGAUUUUCUGUCACACACAGUUAAUUUUAGAGAAUUGGCAGAUCCAGCGUUGUAUAAAGAAAUGAUGGAUUUUAUAAAAGAGGUUUCCUCGACGGACAGUAAAGGAAAGAUGAUACUUCGACCUCAACUUAGUAUUGUCGUAAUCUACAAGUGA